AAAGAGAGUUUUACAAGAAAAACUGGAGGCUGUCCGGAAACUUUCAGACCUUGAGCGAUCGUUACAUAACACUGAGGAUGAGUGCGCUCAUCUGAAGGAAAUGUGUGAGAAAGCUCAGGAGGAACUCCAGGCCCUGGCCGAGAAAUAUCAGGACCAACAAAAGGAAGUCAUAGAGAUACAGGAAAAAUUACAGGAGGCUGAGAGGCACCACCUAGAGGAGGUAGAGAGGCUUCGUCAGGAGAAGGAGGACCUCAGUGAGAAGUUGGAGGAGAUGAUCCGCCAGGAGACGAUUCUCACCGCCAAGAUGGAGUCUCUACAGGCCGACAAUGACAUCGCCAUGGAACAGCUCGCCGCCAUGAAAGAAAAACUGGAGGCAAUCAAAGAACCAAAGGAGAAUGUGAUAGAGGAGAAUGGGGAGGGGCUGACAAAUGGGGACAGGACAACAGACGAGGUCAUCGACACCGGCGACAGGAAGGUCAUCGUCAGCGACGACAUCAAGAUCAUCAUGACGGACGACGAGAAUGAUAAUAAACUAGAGGAUAUACACAAACCCGACAGCUUAAACAAUGUACAGAACAAUAUAGACGAUGUCGAUUCCAUGAAAAUUAACUCAGAAAAAAGCAGUCCAGAGGACAUUCAGGGAAAACUGAAAGAUGCUCAGAAACAGAUAGAAAAGUAUAAAGAGUUGAUCAGGGAGUCCGAUGUUAAGAUGAAGGAGAGCUGUGACAAGUUAGAAGCUGUACGGAAAGAACUUGAACGAGCGGAAACCGAUGCCAAACAGUAUAUCACAAAGAUAGCCUCCCUGGAAGAAAAGCUCAAGCUGUCGGACUUACAUUUGAACUUAAUGAUGGAAAAUACCAUGGCAGAUCUGAAGCAGCAGCUUAAAGUUUCCCAACACCAAACUGAUAAUAGCUCAGGGCUUAUCACAGAAUUACAGGAGAAGGUUCAAAUUCUGGAAAGUGAGAUCAGGAAUGCUCGGUUACCACCAGAGAAGAUGGAAGCCACGCUGGUGGCUACGUGUGCUUCCCGACCAACCACCACCACCACCGCCGUGUCACAGAUGGAUGAGUCUAACGAUUCAGGCCUGGAGGACGAUGACAAUCUUAAAGAACUUUUGAGGGAGGCCCGAGUAUUACAAACCAAGGCAGAGACAGAGCUCAAGAAAUGUCGGGAUGAAUUGAAUGUGAGUAAAACGGAGGUUCAAAGGAAAGAUGAGGAGACGAGUAACUUAAAGGAUCAGCUGUGUGACGCCCACAAACUGACCCAGGACCAGUCCAAGAUGGUGGUCGACCUCCAGGAUCAACUCAAAAGAGCAGAAACUCAAACCAAAGAAGUCAAACAACAGAUUCUGGAACUGAGAGACCAAUUAAUGGAGGAACAGAAAAUAGCUAAAAAUAGCCAAGAAGAAAUGAUAGCUGUCACAUGUGAACUGGACCAAGAAAAACUAAGAAACAAAGAAACCAAAAAGGAACUAGACGAAACAAAAUCUAAACAUUUAGAGAGUCAACAAGCGGCCAAACAAAGUCAUAAUGAGGCAGAACAACUAAAGAACAAAGUUCGGCAGCUGCAAGAGCGACUGGACUCCGAGAGACGAACCUCCUCUCACUAUGGUACGAGGAGCCUUCAUCUAGACACACACAGUCGUGACUCUCAUGGCCGUGACUCCCAUGGUCGCGACUCGCACUCUCGCGAGCUUUCUCACGGAAGCUCUUCUCUCAGGGAUUCUCAUCACGGCUCUCAUAGGGAACUCCACAAAACUAACAGCGGGGGGCAUACACCCUCCAGCCCCUCUGGGAAACAACGAGGUGAGUUUACUGCACUCAAAGAGGAAUGCUCAAGUCUUCGAAAGAGAAUCCAAGCCAUUGAGGCCGAGAUGAAAAUGUCACGUAAAGAGAACUUACAGCUGUCUGCAGAAUACAACAAACUACAGGAGUCCUACCGACAGCUAGAGGUCACCAAGGAGCAGCUAGAGAGUCAGGCGUCAGCCUGGCAGUCCAACCUCACUGACUCCCAGAAAGAGACCGAGCAGACACGACAACAGGUGGGCGACGACACACAGCCAAUCAGAGGUUUGGUAACAGCAGGGUCAAAUGUCACAGGGUCACCGGGUCGACAGUUACAAGAGGCCACAGCUGAGGUGGCCAGCCUGAGGUCAAAGUGUCAGGAGUACAAGGACAGGGUCAGUGAGCUGGAGGUCGAGAUGAGCCUUGUCCACGAGCAGUACAAACAUUUGUCUGACCGGACCAAAGUGUUGUCCUUUGCCUCCAGUAUACCCUUGUUGAUGUUACUGUUUGCCAUUCUGAUGGCCCUGUAUCCCACCCUGGCUCAGAUCACCGCGACAACCGUCUGACAUCAUCAUCAACAGGGGAGAUCACUGCUGAUUCACCCUCAUCUUCAUCCUCUGGGUGUUUGAAUAUAUGCUGUCUGUGAUGUUUAAACUGAAAAUGAUACAGAUAUAUGUUUGUGCGAAUGUGAUGUAUAUAUGUGUAUGAAAGUUUUUGUUUGUUUGGUUUGUUAAAAAAGUUUAAUGAGUUUAUUGCAUUUAUUAUAUUUCAUGUAUAUACGUUACUGUAAAGAUUCUGUUUAAGUGGGAACUCAGUUGUGUUAUAUAGAAGGAAAUUUGUAAAUAUUUUUUUCAUAUGGAAUUUGUCUAUGUUUCCAAACCCAACAAGGUAGCUUGAAUCCUUUAUUUUUCUGUGAUAAAGUUAGUGCUAACAAGAACCACAGUGAUGCUGUCAAAACCACAGGGCAAUAAACAUUGUAAACAAGUGUCAAUAUAGUCAAACUUCAGGAUUCCUUAAUCUUCAUAAUCCCAGGUAUUGCAGAACUGAUAUAAGUUUUAAUGUGCCAGACCUUUUCGCAUUGUUCACUUUAUUCUGGUAAUAGAAUUCCUAAUCUGACGGUAUUUGUUUAGGAAACCAAGAAUGUUAAAUAGAGAAAUUUUUACAAGAAGUGAUGUAUUUCACUUUCUCUCUGUUUACAUGUACUAAUAUUUCAUAGGGAGUGAAAUAUAUAUCAGUGUAUAUAUUUCACAAGUAGAGCUGCAUUUUAACUCUUAUGAUAGCUAUUGAAGAGUUUCAAUAUGAAGAACUUAUUUAUUUUAAGGUAGAUUUUGUCUCAGCAGGGCUCUCCCUAUAAAGAGGCUAGAAUGUAAAUAUUUAGAACCAAGAGUGUGAAUUAGUGUGCUUGAUUAUGCCCCCUUUCAAAACCAAAUUACAGAAUGAUGGAAAUUAAAAGCUAAUAUAAAAUAACAUCCAUUUGUGUAACACUUUGUCAAAUUUGCUCAAGUUUUUAAAGAAAGCUGGAAUUAUUUUCUUCUUGCAUUUAUUGUUCUCAAAAAUAUUUUUCUUUCUUUUCUAUUCUUUUCUUUUUUUUUUUUUACAAACACAAAACUCUACUAAUGAAUGUUUACCAGUAGCCCAAUAUAGCUGACAGGUUAACUAUUUCGCAAACGGCUAAAUAUUUAAUGUGCAGAUUCUUUUCAGUAUUUUUCCUUCAGAUUUUAAAAUGUUUUUCACCACACCUGUCUAAGCUUGAUAGGGCACCUUAUACUUGCGUCUUCCUGUGUCCAGACAGACCAAACGCCCUUAAUGUCCUUGUCUGCUUUUCUUUUGUACCCCUAAGUCACCUUCCCAGAGAAGGCGCCCUAGAAGGGGAAUUUUUUCGUACUUUUAUGUCUCUGGUGAUUUCUGUUUGAUCUGCUUUUCAUAUGAUGUUUCGUUUUCAUGAAAAAAAAGCUUUCACGUCAUCCAAACCUAGAAUCACCAAGAUCUGAGCUACAUGCAGCUGUCUUUUGUUUUGAUUUCCCCACCCUCGCCCCAUUGCUGUGUGUGUGAUGAGAGUGUGAAUAUGUACAUAGGUAUAUAAUAAUAUAAGAUAAUAUAUAUAUAUACUAAGACCAUUGUACAUAGGUAGCAAAACCAGAAAUGUCACAUGACCUAAAAUGUCAACCAAUAAGCAGAUUUGUCUCAUUGUACAAGAACCAAUCAACAUAGUUGUCUCAUUGUACAGUAUUUAAAAGAAGUCCACCAAUCAGUAGGGUUUUAUUGUUGUUGAAGGGAUUACAUCCAAUCAAAAGAACUGCAUUCUUUCACAAUAAAUAAUGGUUUCUUUGUCCAACAUUUGUCAUUCUUCUUAUUCAGCCUAACACUAGUACCAUUAACAAGAAUUAUAUUAGACUAUACUAAGCCUCUUCUAUACUUGGCAGAAAGUUCUAGUUAUUGCAUUAACAUAUUUUGAAUAUUUUUUAGGAGACAGGGUAUGGUUAGUUUGUCUAAUUUUGUUAAUUGGGAUGAUUAUUUUCUGAUUCGUCAGAACAUGUGCAACCCUCAUUUCUGUAUUUAUAUGUUAACUUGAGACAGGGACUCUGCUAUUGUAUGAAUUCUAGGAAUGUGACAGAAAUCUGGAGAAAUUUGUAUAAACACCAUUUAAUAAUUUGAUUUGUUUUUUAUUACUUCAAAUGUUGACAAUAAAGCUAUGCAGAUAUGCA